AUGGCGGAACCACCAGGUUGUGACCCUGGAGUAACGCACAGUCAUUACGUUGACACGGAGAUCGUUGCCGCCGAUGACGACCAAACGCUACUUCCAUCAGAGGACAUCGGAGAAGAAGACUACAAUGUAGACAAGCAGAGCGACGACGUCGACGACAAGAAGGCGACAUGUACGUUCACAACUGCCCAUACUAACCCCCUGCUGUUAAUCCACUUCAAGUGCCGCGUUCCCUGCGUGUGUACGUACCAGGAGAACUGGGCCCAUAUGAGUGGCUGGAAACCCAACUUUACCUGUGAUGAUUCGUCCAAGUAUAAAAGAAACAAAAAACGACCAAAGUUCCCCUAUAGACUGGCCUACAGCACAUAUAGGGAACCCAAAUAUGUGUUCCGACACUAUGAAGACACUAGCAAAUACAUGGAACAAUAUAGGUAUCAUCACACGCGAGGCGACGUAUGUAAAGCCCAAGAAGAACCUUUAGUAUUGGGAUACAACGUGCCCGACCCAUAUAAACCUAAAUUACAUCGAUACAGAUUUCUGUUUGAAACACUAGAUACAGUGUUGUCGACAAAACCUCUUAAGAACAGUGGCUUGGGAGAGAGUGAUGAGUCCGACAGUCAAGAAAGCAACCUCUCCAUUUCUGUUACAAGAAAGCCGGUGACUGUAAAUUUGGCACCAACGAGAAAUCAGUCGACAGCACGAAAGACAGACGACUUAGUGUUGCCGAAGAUUGAACAAGGAAUACCGCAGUUUUUUUUAGACAGCCGGAAAAAAGACUCAAUGCGAUCUGACACGAAUGUAAUUUUACCAGAUGUCCGACAGUGUCAUUACACAAGCUUUACGUUGCCAGGACAUUUGGUUGAUGACUACAGGGAGUUGACGGGAAAGAAACGAAGGAGCCUACCCCCGGUACUCAAUGGGGAACUUUACCCCGUUGGAUACCAGGGGAUAUCUAUUGAGACGAGGUCUGCUGGCAGCGAAGGCAGCUCAGCUAACAGUGUAGCUGGUGAAGUUACGAAGGACACGAUAGUGGUUCCUCCCAAACCGAUCCCGUAUCGACUAUGGCAGACAUCUCCAGGGAGAAGCAUGCAGGAAUAUUUGGCACAUAUCUAUUCGGUCCGUAGUGCCGGGUCGCUUGAAAUGGGCACUAACGCCGAAGAUCCGGAACGGGAGGGGCAAAGACGAAGACGGGAACAAAAGCCUGAGAUGCCCGUCCGAAUCGGACUGUGUACAUUUUACAGCAGCAAUACCAAUGAUUCGAACGAAGUUGCCAAAGCGAAUACGCGGAAAGAUAUCUUAGGAGUUCAGGGCAAAUCGACAGGAGGAAAUCGAAAAGACGAUAAAACACGAGCCGAAGCGGCCAAGAGGAUAUCACAUAUCAAGAAGUUCAUUAAAAACGAAAUGAAAGCAUUGGCAAAAUCUAAGUCGCUGGUACGACGACGGGCUGCGACACCGUUGGCCAUGGACACCGUUGUCACUGGCAACCAGUAUCGAACUGAAGAGGGACACAAAGAAUUCCUAGCGAAUCAAAAACAACCCAUAGAAAACACCUCUCAUACCUAG